AACACAUUAUUCUCACAAAUGUCAACACCAGAUUCUACCUCUCAACUUUUGCCCUGUAAGCAACUAUAAUAAUAUUUGCUCACUUAACAAAACAUUACACGAUCUUCUCCAAUGUGGAUCUUUAACCUCUGCGCUCCACUUGUUUGAAGAAAUGCCUAAACGUGAUGUUGUUACAUGGAAUAUUAUGAUUUCUGGAUAUAGUCAUAAUCGGUUUCCAAGAAAAUCGCUACGCUUGUAUAACAAAAUGGUUUCUCAAGGUAUCAAGGAGAAUUCAUCCACUUUCUCUUCUAUGUUAAGCAUAUGUGGUAAUGCUGGUUUAUACAAAGAAGGGAUUGAGAUUCACAGUAGAGUUGUUGUUUUGGGAUUUAGUAUGAACAUUUAUAUUGCCAGUGCACUUGUUAAUAUGUAUAUACAAAUGGGUCUUAGGGAUGUUGCCUUCAAAUUGUUUUAUGACUUACCUAAACGAAACUUACCUGUGUGGAACUUGGUUUUACGUGGAAUUUGUGAAUUGGGUGGGUCCAGUACUGAGUUCUUAAGGUUGUAUAGUGAUAUGAAAUUGGAGAAUGUGGAGCCGAAUGGGCUUACAUAUAGUUAUUUGAUUCAUGGUUGUUGUAAAAAGAGACUUCUUGAUAAGGGUACGCAGCUGCAUUCACAUGUAAUUAAGACGGGAUGGUUAGAAUCAAAUGUCUUUUUAGCUAAUGCAUUGGUGGAUUUUUACUCUGCUUGUGGCAUUUUGGUUGAUGCCGAUAAAGCAUUUGAAUGUAUUCCACGUCAGGAUGUUAUUACAUGGAAUUCGAUGGUUUCCGUCUAUGCUGCCAAUGAUUUAUUCCAUGAAGCUGUGCGAGUCCUAGAAGAGAUGAGAUUGUGGGACAAACAUCCAUCUGCUAUGUCUUUCAUAGCAUUGUUGAAUUUAACAAGCCGCAGAAAGGAACUGCUAUUGGGAAAACAAAUGCAUAAUUUUGUUAUAAAAUUGGGUUUAGAUUAUGGAAGUGUCCUCAUUCAGUCGGCUUUGAUUGAUAUGUAUGGGAAAAAUCAUGACAUUCAAAGUUCAAUUACUGCAUUCCAGUGUACCCGUGAGACAAGUCUCGAAUGUUGUAAUUCAAUGAUGACAUCUUUGCUGCAUCUUGGUUUCUUCCAAGAUGUGUUUGAGAUUUUUAGUCGGAUGGUUUGUGAAAAUAUUGUGUUUGACGAGGUGAGUUUGUCCUCAACAAUAAAGGCAUUAUCAUUGUUAUCCACUCCUAACUUGGAUAACUGUGCGUUGUUGCAUUGUUGUGCAAUAAAAUCAGGUUUUGAUUCUGAUAGUGUUGUCUUAUGUUCUCUGAUUGAUGCAUAUUCAAGAUCCGGACAUCUUAGAUUCUCUCAGCAGACAUUUGAAGCACUUCCCUCACCUAAUAUCAUCGGUUUCACUUCAAUAAUCAAUGCAUAUGCUCGGAAAGGUAUGGGAAGUCAAUGCCUUGCAGUGUUUGCAGAAAUGAUCCAAAAGGGUCUAAAACCAGAUAAAGUAACGUUCUUGUGUAUACUGUUGGGCUGCAAUCAUUCAGGUCUAGUCGAAGAGGGGAAAAAGAUUUUUGAAUUUAUGAGAACUUUUCAUGAGGUCUAUCCAGACAGGCGGCACUAUUCAUGUAUGGUGGAUCUUCUAGGCCGUACAGGUCUACUCAAUGAGGCAGAAGAGCUGCUAAUGUCUGCAUCAUCGUCAGGAGAUUCUAUCAUGUGGAGCUCACUUUUGCGAAGUUGCAGGAUUCAUCAAAAUGAGCAUGUUGGAAGAAGAGCAGCUAAAAGGUUAAUGGAUCUUGAGCUAGAGGAUCCUUCUUUUUGGUUACAGGCCUCAAAUUUUUAUUUUGAAAUUGGGGAGUUCGAGACUGCCGUAUAUAUUAGAGAGGUCGCAGUGGCGAGGAAGAUGAGCAGAGAUAUUGGCUAUAGUUUAAUUCGGGUGCAUGAGUUCCAUUAAAUAUUCGCUUUAUAAAAAAGUGUGUCAAAAGGACAGCAUGGCUGUUUGGUCUGCAGGGCAUUCUGGAUAUACUUUUUCUUUAAAAAAGUAUAUCUAGCAGAAUGGAGGGGCUUCCUCUGCCGCUAUACCUUUGAAGCAAGGACAUUGUGCUGCUUGUGAACUGACUCCACUACCAAAAUACAAGUUUCAGAAGAAAUUUUUGUGCCUUGUUAGGUCUCUCCAAUUACCAAGAAGCUUUUGUCUAGUGCUCCUUUUCUUUUUCAAGAUUUUCACAUUUGUUGAUGAAGUAAAACUACUGCAAUGGUAAUUUAACUGCCUAAAAGGGGAAAUUUUGAAGACCGGCUCUGCAACAUUUAUUGAUGUAUGGGUCAGAGAAUCUAGAGGAGUACUUUUACUUAUGAAUAGUAUACUGAACCAUGGCUGAGGAGUAAAGCAACAAUCUUUAAAAUUAUAUUCUUACACUUGAAGUGUGGGCUUGUAGAAAAUGAAACACCUUUAUCUACUUUCAAGCCAAGCCAUAUAACCCCACUGAAUCCUCCAUUUUCAGCACUAACACAUCCAUAUAAAUUAAUACUCUAUGGUCCCUCAGAUUUAUGUAAAAUCUAGAAACACAGAACAAAUACCUGAACCCCCUAAAUCAUGGCUAAGAUACUCUUCUUCUUGUUUCUUGUUUUGCUAAUGGGGGCUCUUGGAGCUGGAAACAUCAAUUUUUCAGAUGAAGUCAUCCUGUCAAAGCUUGAAGAUUUGGAUGCAGAAGAAGGUGAUGAAGCAGAUUUUUUUGACCUCCCCAGAUGGGGAGCUGAUCGUGGAAACAAAAUUCUUGUCAAUGUAGAUAGCUUUGGCGCAGUUGGUGAUGGGUCUUCAGAUGACACCAAGGCUUUCGUUGAUGCAUGGAAACAAGCUUGUUCAACACCAAAAUCAGUCUUCUUGGUCCCUGCUGGACGCAGUUAUCUAGUCAAUGCAACUAGGUUCCGAGGGCCUUGUGCAGGCAGAUUGAGAGUCCAGAUUGAAGGAACUAUCAUAGCACCGGAUGAUCCUAAGAACUGGGAUUUUACAAAGAACGGUCGAAUUUGGCUUGGCUUCUUUAACUUGACUGGAGCUCUGUUCCAAGGAGGAGGGGUUAUUGAUGGAUCAGGCAGCAAAUGGUGGGCAGCUUCAUGCAAGAAGAAUAAGACAAAUCCUUGCGUAGCAGCACCAACUGCUUUAACUAUAUACACGAGCUCAGGUAUAAAGGUGAAGGACAUAACAAUCCAAAAUGGACAACAGAUGAAUUUUGUCAUUUCUCGAUCAGACUCUAUACAAAUAAAUGGUGUUAAGGUUUCUGCUUCUGAAGACAGUCCUAAUACUGAUGGAAUUCAUAUAACUGAAUCUACAAAUGUUGUACUCCAGAAUUCCAGAAUUGGAACAGGUGAUGAUUGUGUCUCUAUUGUUAAUGCUAGUUCCAAUAUCAAGAUGAAGAGAAUUUACUGUGGACCUGGCCACGGAAUCAGCAUCGGGAGCCUUGGUAAGGACAACUCUGUUGGUAUAGUCACUGGGGUUGUACUUGAUAAUGCAUUUCUCAAAGGUACCACAAAUGGUCUGCGGAUCAAGACAUGGCAGGGAGGAUCAGGUUAUGUUCGUGGCGUGCGCUUCCAAAAUGUAAUGAUGCAAGAUGUUUCCAAUCCUAUCAUCAUUGAUCAAUUCUAUUGCGACUCACCAAAGUCUUGCCAGAAUCAGACUUCUGCAGUUGAGAUAAGUGAGAUAGUUUACCGGAAUGUUAGUGGUACUUCAAAGAGCCGAAACGUAAUCAAGUUUGCUUGUAGCGACAACGUACCCUGCAGCCAUAUUGUUCUGAACAACAUCAACUUAGAGACCAGAGAUGGCACAGCUGAGGUCUACUGCAACUCCGCCACAGGGAUUGGUUAUGGUUAUAUUCACCCAUCAGCAGAGUGUCUCAACUCCUCUGACAAGAAAAUUGAGCAGAAAAUGGACGCUGAACUUGAUGAACCAAGGGAAGAAUACAUUGUUCAUUCUGAGCUAUGAAUUGCCUUCCGCAUGUCAUCACUCCAACAUGAUGAUUGUUGAAGCAGAUGUUUUUACUACACAUUUCGUAGCUUAGUGCUUACUGAUUUGAGAAAUCUCAGAUUCUGAGAUUCCUAACUAGGUAAGAUAACAGCAAAAUACUGUUCCACAUUGAUUCACUAAAAUAUUUAUAAGAAAGAUAUAUUAUUUACUCAA